AGUUGCUCUGCGCAUGCGCUCUUGUUGCAGAGGCUAGACGCCGUCUGCUUUUGUCGGGACCAUCGAUGCUACGACUUUCGGCGAGUCAACUGCGAAUUGCAAGAUAUAAACGGGACAGUUCGCGGUAUUCUCCGGUUAUUGGACGUUGUUUGCUCGCCUUGAGCUCACAGUCGGCGCUUGUUUCGCCGUGUGUACGCGUCAGACGACAGAAGCGAGGCUCCCCUGUAUACAAACAAAACGCAGCAAGCUGCUGGCUUUUUUUUUUUUUUUUUAAGGUGGCACGUCAGAGAAGCUGCAAAAAAAACAACAACACUCGAUUCUCGUUCGGUAAGUUCGCUAUAACUCCGUGUCGGCAGCGAUGUGAAUCACCAAAGAGGUUUGUUAGGAGUUAAACUCCAUAACGUGUGCGUGCGAACAUGAGAGAAGAGGAUAGUUUGUUGUCAGGAAGGCAGCUCAUGGCAAGUGGACGAGGAGGCGAACAUCCCUGCUGCUGCUGCUGCCCCUACUCGACCGAGGAGAAAGGAGCAAUUGCGACCCAGAAGUGCGACCUGAGGCCUCCUGGUCAAUUGUCCGUCUCCAAGUAGUAGAACACCACUCUUUGUGCACAAUAUGGAGACGGUGGGGAAAUUUGAGUUCAGUCGGAAGGACCUGAUAGGACAUGGCGCAUUUGCUGUCGUCUUCAAAGGCAGACACCGAGAGAAACAUGACUGGGAGGUGGCGGUAAAGUGCAUCAACAAGAAGAACUUGGCCAAAUCCCAGACACUGUUGGGGAAAGAGAUUAAAAUACUCAAGGAGCUGAAACACGAGAACAUCGUUGCAUUACUGGACUUUCAGGAAACUGCCAGCUCGGUGUACCUGGUAAUGGAGUACUGCAAUGGGGGAGACCUCGCUGACUACUUACACUCCAAGGGCACGCUGAGCGAGGACACCAUUCGGGUUUUCCUGCAGCAGAUCGCGGGGGCCAUGAGGGUGCUACAGGGCAAAGGCAUAAUCCACAGGGACCUCAAGCCCCAGAACAUCCUGCUCUCCUACGCACCGGGACGCAAGUCUCACUCCAACAACACCUGCAUCAAGAUCGCGGACUUUGGCUUUGCCCGGUACCUCCAGACCAACAUGAUGGCGGCAACACUCUGUGGGUCCCCUAUGUACAUGGCGCCUGAAGUCAUUAUGUCCCAAAACUAUGACGCCAAGGCUGACUUGUGGAGUAUAGGAACCAUAGUGUUUCAGUGUCUGAUUGGAAAGGCUCCUUUUCAGGCUAGCAGUCCCCAGGACCUCCGGCUGUUCUAUGAAAAAAACAAGACUCUCAGCCCCAACAUCCCCAGAGAGACUUCUAGCCAUUUGAGGCACCUACUGUUGGGUCUGCUGCAGCGCAACCACAAGGACCGCAUGGACUUCGAUGAGUUUUUUUGUCAUCCGUUCCUGGAGGCUAGCUCAUCCCUGAAAAAGACGACUCCUACUGCGUCCAUGACCUGCCUCCCAAGCUCUGCAUCAGCCAGCUCUUGUAGCAGCUCUUCCACCUCUCACCUCGCCUCUCCACCGCAGUCUCUUGCCGAGGGUCAGCACUUGCGUGCCAAAGCUCUGGCCUCCCCUACCCAGGAGGCUGCUGGUUUACUUCUCAAGGACUCCUCUGGCGGGGGUGGCAGCAGCAAGAACUCCUCCUCCUGUGACACAGAUGACUUUGUCAUGGUGCCUGCUCACAUCACCAGUUUUGCAGCGGGUGAGCUGACAUGUGAGAGUAAAGUGCUGCAGGACAGCCUGAUGAACAGCAGCUCUCUGCUGGCUUCUGCUGGUCUGUGCAGCCAAGUCAAAACCCCACCACACUCACCUUCCUGCAGUGGGUCUCCAAGUCCUGUCAGGCCCAGUGAAUUCUCGGGAAGUAACGAUGGGGGUAGCUAUGGAAACCACGCACAGUCGUUGCCCAUCCCAGUCCCGUCCCAGGUCCACAACUACCAGCGCAUGGAGCAGAAUCUCCACUGUACCAAACCGGAUGGCUCACCCCGGCUGUCCACACCUGUGCGGCGUUGCAGCAGCGGGAGCUCGUUAGGCUUCGGUCGGACCGGGCUUUCCCCCUUCUAUGGGCAGGGGGCAGUCACCACCAAUCGUAGGCUUUCCCUGGGGGGCGCCAGACCUUUCCAGCUCUCCCCUCAAGCUCCUCAGCACGGUGAAUCCCGGCCGACUGCUCAGCAGCACCCACAGCCGACGGGCCUGGGCACACGGCUCCACAGUGCCCCCUGCUUGUCGGAGUGCGCCAGUGGCGGCGGCAAGCAAACGAUCAGGAAGCAGCACUCGGACCCGGUGGUGGCCCCCUCGGCAGGUCUGAAGGCUCUCCGCCCUCUACACUCUUCCCCCAGACUCAGUGAGCUGAUGCAGCGUAGCCCCCUCCCCACAAUCCUCGGCUCCCCUUCCAGGGCCAUCCCUCCGUUUGAAUUCCCUAAGCCUCCUAGCUCUCCAAACCUCAUGACCUUCCUGACACAACAAGGAUUGGUCAUCGGCAGCAGGACUGCUCAGGCGGAGCUCAGAGACGCAGGACAACAAGCGCUGACACAGGUUAUCCAGCCGGCCCACUGCAUCCACAGACUGAGCAACGAUACCAAGAGCUUUGGAAGGUCUCAGAGUGCAAGUCGUCUGUCGGACAUGCUGCUGAUGGCUGCGUUUGGACCAGGUGGACCCGUGGGUGACCGAGGCAGCACGGAGAACUUGACGUCUGAGAAAACCAUAGGCAUAACAGUGCCCCCGGGUGGAGGGGGAGGUCUUGCCCCUGGCUCGAUCAGCCCUGCUCAGGUGGUUUUCACUGUGGGCUCUCCUCCCAGCGGCAGAACCCCACCUCAUAACUCCAGACAGAGGAAAUACUCAGGCUCGUUCACUUCAAUCAGCCCCGCAGGCUCCUUCACGAGCCGCUACCCCCAGACUGCCACCUAUCUGGAUGGCUUUGAGGCUCCUUCCAGUCCUCGCUACAGUUUCACUGAUCCCAUCACAGCCAACAUGGGCGGCCGUGUAACCUUUGAGGCUCCUGAGCUGCCCGAGGAGACGCUGAUGGAGCAGGAGCAUACAGACACUGUGCAAAGCCUGCGCUUCACGUUGGAUUUCGCCCGCUGUCUGAUGGAGGUCGCCGGAGCCUGUGGGGUCGCGGCGUUGGGGGAGCAGGAAGACAUUUCUCAUCCCUCCCUCUUUCAGCAGCAGAGCCUGGUAGCAGAUCAGAUAAGCUCGCUGAGCCGAGAGUGGAGUCAUGCAGAACAGCUUGUUCUCUACCUUAAGACUGCAGAACUCUUGUCCUCUGCCUUACACACAGCCAUGGAGCGAGUUAAACAGGGCAAACUCUACCCAUCCUCGACAGUCAAACAAAUAGUGAGGAGGCUGAACGAGCUGUACAAGUCCAGUGUGGCGUCCUGUCGCUCACUCAGCACCCGUCUGGAGCGCUUCUUUUCCAGGAAGCACCGCUUAAUGGACCAAAUCACCUCCAUCACAGCUGAGCGGCUGCUGUUCAGCCACACUGUGCAGAUGGUUCAGGCUGCUGCACUGGAUGAGAUGUUCCACCAGGGCGAAGCGUCCGUCCUGCGGUACCAUAAAGCUCUGCUGCUGAUGGAGGGCCUGUCUCUGCUGCUCACUGAACAGGACGACCUCCUCAGUGUGAGCAAAUGUAAAGAGUGCAUUGAACGCCGCCUCACAGCUUUGCAGUCGGGUCUCUGCGUUUGACAGUUCCUGCACCGCUCCUUGAGUGUGGCUAUGAUGUCAGUCAUCUGCACCCUGCGCAUUACCAACAAACCAAAUCUCCACCCACAUCUCAUGGUUUUAACUUUAACACUAGGAAACCACAAGGCUUUUGCAGUUUGAACUUUAACCGUCGGGGCUUGUGCUCUCCAAACGGCUUGCCGUUCAUCCCGAGUUCUGGACAGUGGCAGCGACUUCUCCGGCACUGAACUCGUGCCAGUGUUGUACACGAAGCACUUGUGCUGUGAAAAGAAUGUCUGCGCUCUCGUCCAUGCGAGUAGGACUUUGCUCCUGGCACUGAAAAGGGCAUAUUUUUGCCAAGAAGGAAGAUUCCUCUCACCAGGCGUAGCACCUGCAGGAGUAGAUAUCGCCAAGUAGUCACAUACCCACAUACAAUACCUAAUUAAACAUAAACAGAUAGCGUAAGAUGGACGAAUAUCCGCUUGUAGACAAAAUGUUAUCUUUUACCAAGAUCAGUAGCUGGAGGGAAAGUACCUGCUGUACACUUGCAUACAGUAAGGACGUGUUCUGAUGAAGGGGCGGGAAUGUCCAAGUAUCAAUCUCAUCAACUAUAUGUUCGUCUAAACCCCGUUGUUUGCUUUCCUGGGUUUCUUUAUUUCUUGGUAUUUACCGAAUUGUUACUUCCUCGCUGAAAAGAAGUUUAAAAAAAGCAAUGAUCCAGCUUGUUUGGAAGCACAUGUAAGCACUAUUACAAAAACAAACUGUUGCCAAAAUUCUAUUUAGUUUUGUUGUUGUGUUUUGUUUUAUUUUAGAUUACUGUAGGUAAAAAAAAAACAGAUCCCUGUGUUUUGUCACUUUACUGAUUCUAAACUUGCUUAAUGUUAAAGACCGCGUUCCAUCAUUGAACCCGUGGUGGAGGAGGGGUUUUGUGUUUUUAAAUGGUGGCUGGUAUUAAAGCAGCAGACAGAAAAUGGGUCCAGAAAACACUCACUAACCCACUGCUAAAUGCAAAAAUAUAGCUUUUUAUUCAACAGGCCCUGAAACCGGUCCGUGAGCAUCCCUGGUUGCAAUCAUGUUGAAUAUGCUGCAAUAACCUGGGAUGUAUUCCUCAGUGAUACAGAAGCUCGGGGGGCUGCAGUUGUUUGGUAAUGUCUUCACAUGAUUCCAUAUUCUGUCCGAUCAUAUGUUAUCAACCAAUCAUGUUGCAGUCGAGCAAGUUUAAUCAAAAUUUGAAUGUAGAGCUGUGACAGGAGAGGAACAACCCGAUGUUGCUAAGAUGGAUCCCGGGAUUAACGUCUGAAUGUUUUUGCACUGUUGAAGUACUGUACGGGGAUGAUGUUGAGUGGAACACGUUAAAACGUGUCCAGUUGUUCUAUAUACCCUAGAGACAUAUUUGCUUAGUUAGAGAAUUAUGUUCCUCGCUUUUUAUUGCAGUUCAGUUGCAUUAUAGUUGCUGUCAAAAAGGCAACGUGUGUUAGAUGUGAGGAUGCUGACGAAGAGAGAUGGUAUAAGCUAUGAAACCGUAGAAAGAUUUCUUUGAGAAGAAAAAGGAAAAAUACAAAAAACAAAUUGCUUUACACUGAAAAAUUACUUGCGUUGACUGUGCCGUGUUCGGUUUCAGAGUAGUUAGUGGGUUGCCGUUAUGUUAGUUUUGAAAAGUGACCGGUUGAUUUGCAGUGCUAGUUUAAAAAUGUGUGUUGUACCUGAAAUAUUUGUGUAUCGUUUACCCUUAGCCAUAUAUCUCAACAGGAUACCUUUUACUCCCCUUAAAUUUUGGGCCAAUGGGAAGGGUCAACUUCUCCUUUUGGUUGCUGUCAAAGAGAAGUUUGCGAGCAUGCAUGCGUGAAGUGAUGUUUCAUGUAUUAAUGGACAGUGGGGGGUUUUGUUCCGUACAGAACUAUUGACAUUGCUCUGCAACAAGAUGUGAAUGAUUUGGAUUCUGACUCCAGUUGAUUGCGUGGAUGUGGUUCAACAAUAUCGGAUGGAAAUCAGAGGUUCCUCUGGUGUAACCGACUUUCUUUUCCCCCCGAGGUGAGCAUAUUUUGGAACAGGUUGUUGAUGUACGCUGAGAUUUUUGGAGCCAGUAUAGUAGCACUGUCAGCAGAACAGAAAGGAGGAGAUGAUAUGAUAUAAAUAUACAUAAUUUUUAUUAGAUUUUUUUUUGUCUUUUGUCAGAUUUUCUUUCAUAUAUUUUCUUAGUUCUGACUCUGCUGAGAGCGUUCUGCGAGUGUGCAAUGUUUGUUAGAGUGAACAUUCCUAAUAUCGACUCAUCCACAGCCUCUCUGUCUCUUACACAUGCUGUUCUGUCGGUAUGUGGUGGCAAUGUCUCAAAAGAAAGGGAUGACAUCUCACCUUUACAAAACUGAUGCAUGUCUCACUUUUUUUUUUUCCCUACAAUCAUUGCUACUGGCCAUCUUAAUGAUAAGUAUCGGUGGACGGAGUCAAAAGAUCAUUUGCGCAGCUGUUGAAGUAAUAUAAAACAGCAGGGUGGUGUAUUAAGUGCAGAGCUAGUGCCCUUUGACAAGCAUGUGUCCACUCUGCUGAAGUGUACUUGAGCAAAAUGCUUACUCCCCACGAGCUUCAGGGCGACUGUUCAAAGUAUCACGUAAAGAUAUAAUGUAGUGUGUGAACUCCCAUAAUAUAUCUGUCAUUGAUUUAGAUCAUUCUUUUCUAUGUUUGCUAAGAACCUACCUGAAUGUUUUCAUUUUUUGGAUUUCACUCUACUCAUUCUGUAUCACCUGUAAAUAUUGUAAAUUAAGUUAUUGUUGUAGUGCAUAUGAUGCCGCAGGAGUGGAGAGAAUGGCACCAUACCACCAAUACAUUUCCAAAGAAUAGGCCUUCUUCUGAUCUUCCAUAUUGUCUCUUACUGUUGCAAAAAGCAUUUUAAUGUUGUCAUAUCUAUGACAGACACUUUCUCAGUGUCCCUGUGUGUGUGUGUGUGUGUGUGUGUGUGUGUGUGUGUGUGUGUGUGUGUGUGUGAUGUAACCUUUACUGUUUGAGAGUUGCAACAUGAAUAAAGUGAAAGGAAAGGUAAUUUGUCUUAA